GCGCGUGAGCACAUUACAAGUUGAGUGAGUGACCGACACUGUACACAUUGCUUGAUAAGUGCUGAAAUAACCCUCGGGGACUUUAUGUAUUUACCAUUUAUCUACAUGCAGUGUGCGUCUAAGUGUUCAUAAUUCUUUGGGUGUUAAAACAAGAUACAAUGGAGAUCAUAGACAGGAUAGUGGACAGCUACCAUGACUUAAUGGACAAUAAAAGUGAUCAAAGAGUAAAGGACUGGUUUCUGAUGUCAUCGCCGUUUCCCACGCUGUGCAUCUGCCUGACAUAUGUCUUCAUUGUAAAAGUACUAGGGCCUGGGUUUAUGAAGAACAGAAAGCCCUACGAUCUACAGAAAGUCCUAAUAUGGUACAACCUCUUCCAAGUUAUAUUUAGCGCGUGGCUGUUCUAUGAGAGCAUUGUCAGUGGAUGGUUCACAUCACACAGCUUCCGAUGCCAACCCGUCGACUACUCCAACUCUCCUCAUGCCAUGCGGACUGUUCGCGGAUGCUGGUGGUACUACUUUUCCAAGUUUACGGAAUUCUUCGAUACGUUCUUCUUUGUUUUGAGAAAGAAGUUUGAUCACGUGUCGAAGCUUCACGUUAUUCACCACGGUAUAAUGCCCAUGUCAGUGUGGUUCGGAGUCAAAUUCACACCAGGAGGUCACUCAACUUUCUUUGGUAUGCUGAACACAUUUGUGCAUAUCCUGAUGUACUCUUACUAUUUACUUGCUGCCUUGGGUCCCAACGUGCAGAAGUACCUGUGGUGGAAGAAGUACCUUACAGCAAUUCAAAUGGUCCAGUUUGUGAUGGUGUUCCUCCACGCCUUCCAGCUCCUCUUCAUCGACUGCGACUACCCCAGAGCGUUCGUCUGGUGGAUCGGCAUGCACGCUGUUCUCUUCUAUUACCUAUUCUCUGACUUCUACAAGCAGGCUUACCUCAAGAAAGUCAAGAAAGCAAAAGCAAUGGAGAGGUUACGGCUGGAACGUGAAAAUUCAAUGGAGGAAUCGAAGGAUCGAGUGCUGCCCUUACUAAAUGGAUUUAGCAAUGGAUCAGCUUUAGGAGACGUCCGGCAACGUAUGGCCGGUGCUGUGGCAUCACAGUGAUCUACAUAUAACGAAAUAGUGUGCCAAAUCAAAAAUGCUUCAAUGAUACAUUAGUGUUGCUUAUAGACAGACAAACUCAGCGGAUAAUUCAAAGUAUGUGCCACAGUUCCAUGCAAUUGUUGCAUGCAACAAUUUUCGUGUUCAACGUAAAUUGCUCAAUCAGAUGCACCUGAAAGAAACAAUGUUAUUGGAACUAUUUUCAAUAACAUUUUAUUGAUCAAUACUAACCAAUUAUGUAGUAAUGAUCUACACUACUGCUAUUAAAUGUUUACAAACAUUUUCAAAGACUAAUAAUUGAUAACAAAUGUUAGGAAUUGUUGGAUGUUUUGAGUGAUCCUCCACUGGUGGAAAAUGCUUACCAAUAUUUUAAAAAUUGAUUUCAUGACACUGCAUACCCUGCUAUUAAUACGACUUUACUUAUGAUUUAUCGGUGUGGGUACCGACUAGUUUCGGACCAUUCGGAGAUCCUUCAUCAGGGUGAGUGUAGUGGGUUCGGGAUAAAGUCCCGUCUGUUACUGCGGACUUGUGCUCGUAGAGCGCGGCUGUACAGGGUGAGGGGCGCCGGUGGUGAUGCCGAGCACGGUAUCACUGACACUGUAUCACUAUUGGUAUCCACGAGGCACAUAAUGUACCCACAAUGUCCACUACGUGAUCAUCGGCACUAUGGGUCUUGAUGCUCUGAUGAAGGACCUCCGAAUGGUCGGAAGCUAGUCGGUACCCACACCGAUAAAUCCUGAUUAAAGCCGUAUUAAUUAAUAAGUUAAUAAUGUCUCACGAAAGAUUUAAUAAUUGUUUGGAUAUAAUAGUUUAGCUGCAAUGAAAUGAAAACAAAUGAUUUAUUUGUUUCAAUUUGCUUUUAAACAAUUUUGUUUAGAAAUGUUUACUAACAUUACCUCACAUGAAAACGCUUAAUAAUAUUGUGAUCAAGUGUUUGUUCAAAAUGUUUGUAAACAUUUUAUGUCAGCAGUGUGAGAGCACCAUAUAUUCGAAAAUAACCGUACGAUAGGCAAGAUGAUAAUUACAAAGAAUCACUGAAUUUAUGGUUUCAUUUAAUAAUCAGUUCGAGAAGAUUCUACAUAUUAUAACUAAAAAUAGUUAUUAUCAGAUCAAAUGUGAGAUUCUUUAUAUUUUUAACAAAAUAAAUUAAUAAUAGAAAUGUCUUCACAUCUAUUUUAAAACAGUUUUGAUGUUACAUAAGUGGGUAUAGUUUGAUUAAUAAUCAAAUCAUGUUAAAAAAGUACGACAUAGAAGUAAAAUGAAGGUCUCUACAUUUGAAAAUAUUUCUGCCCAUAAAUCUAAAGGAAGUGUUUCCUGUUAUUGAGUAUGUCCGCAAAUGAUUUUUUCUUUGCACAAGGCAAAUUAUUGUUAACUGUCAUAGAAGUGCCAUCGUGACGGCAGUCGAAUGACAGAUGUUUAAGGAAGAAUUAUGUAAUUACUUAUAAAAAUGCAUUUUUUAAUAGAAUUCCUUCAUUUUCUGUGGUAUUUACAUUAUCGUACAGUUAAUCAAAGUCUGUGAUCGUGCGGCCUAUUAAUGGUUUCCGUUGCACGUAAAAUAUUAACAUGAUUUUAUGUAAACUUAAUUUUAUCGAUAUUAAAUGAUCUGUUGUACCUAUAGGAUAUUUUGUAACGUUAUUGUGAUAUCAUACAUGUGUAUGUAAUAGUAAUUAUAUUAUUAUGUACAUGUAGUUAAUUCAUGUUAUAAUUUAUGCUCACGGUUUGCACAGUAAAUUUCGUUAAUUUUAUUAUUUUUCGGCCAAAUCUGAUUUUAGGACGAACUAGAUUUUCCUAGGCCAAACCAGUUAUCUCCACAAUUGAGUACACUUCAACAACUGGUUACUUAUUUUAGUUAGGCUCAACUAGUUCAGCCUAGACUACAUGGGUUUGUCCAAAGGCCAAUAGGAGAAACUAGCUUAGCCUAGUCUGUACCAGUUUAUCCUAUCGCCUAUGAGAUGAACUGAUUUAGCCUAGGAAAAACUUGUUUGUCCUAAAAUCGGGUUUGGCCCGUAACAUAUGCAAUCAUUUCAGCAUCACAUGCGUCAUUUAAUGGUUGCUGUUGACUACAUGCUUUAGUUUUUGUUUGUGUAUCAAACCUGGGCUAUAAAAUUUGCAUAGGUACUCACGCGCUCCACCAAUUAUUAUUCUAUGACAUGUUAAUGUUAAAACAUAGUCGCUUCUAGAAAUAAAAUGCAUUUCAUUCAAUGUACUUUAAUUACAAUGUAGGUAGGUUUUAUAUGUAAGAACUAGAUUAGAACAAAUUUGUACAUAUUAUUAUUAUGAUUAGAUUAUGUAGUCGUGGUCUGCCUUUUAUAUUUAGUUUUAUAUAAAUAAAGACUAUAUAAUGGAAAAUUACGAUAUCAUGCGAGAUUUCCGCAGUAGUCACAAGGAAAAUGGUAGUAUAAAAUAAUUUGCAUACUAUGUUUAUGUUGCGGUUUCACACAACAUGUUUGAUUAGUUUGAAACUGUGUUGUGAACAUUAUUGUGCGACAAAAAUUAAUAAAAUGAUUAUCGUUAAA